UAAAACAAUACCAAAUAAGACCACGUAUAAUUCACAAUCCACAAUGAAAAUUUUCCUGUUACUCACACUAAUCUACGUUGUAAACGCCGCUGAAACACCAGGAUUUUUCAUCAAACUUUCCAAAAGCGUUCCUCGCAUUGGACGUCGUGGGGAUUUCGAGAACUUUUUUCUGAAGCAAUCAAAAAGUGUUCCUCGAAUUGGUCGACGAAGUGGAUUUUCACAACCAGCACAGGAAUACUCCAGCAACUGGUUUGAACGACUUAUAAGUCCUUCUAAACGACCAUUGACUGAAAAAAAUGAUUUGGCGGAAAGCAGCCGCACUUAUAGUAAAGUGCGUCCUCUCGAUCUGCACCACAUUAUUGACAUUCUCUCGGAUGACCUGUUUUUCGGAUCAGAUCUCAAAUUUAUCUCAUGGGACGUCCUGGACAAAGCACUGGAAGAAGAUCCUGAUCUAAUGAACAAACUAAGUGCAUUGGCGCGAGAUAAGGAGGUCCAUCAGUUGAAGCAGCUACUGUCCACUGACAAAAAUGAGAUAGUCCAGUACGUUCCGCUCGAGGGCGAAACGGCAGAUGCUCGUUCCAAUAAAGCCUAUAUUUAUCGCACUGACGGGAAUGGACAGAACGCGCAAGUUAGUAAGGAGAAUGUUGAAUAUCAACAAUGAAAUUAUGUAAAUGACUAUCGAAAAUAGAUUAUAGUUUCUAGAGGGAACAGAUUUCCAGUGAUAAUGCAAAUUUACAGAUUGGAUAGUUUUGUACUUUAUACCACUAAAAGGAAAUGUAAUAUUUCAUAAAGUUGAUGGAAAUGAGUAUUAAGAUAACACCUAAAAUAAGAAUUUUCAGACGGACUAUCAAAUCCCUCUAUAAACUACAAUCAAUCCUAGUGCCGAACUCAUUUCGGAAUAGUGUAAUAAGAUCAGUAGGAUAAAUGUAUUUUAUAUAUGUCAACAAGAUGUUUGUCACUUGAA